AUGGCGAUGAUGAUGUCUCUCCCCAGAUUGAAAAUAUCUUGUCUGCAACCUCACCUCCAUUUGAGCAGUAACAGAUCAUUAGCAGCAGCUCAGGCGUUUCCGAGCUCAAGCAUAAGGAACAGAACAUCAUGCUUAGUCCGGUGCGGAUCAGCAAGAAGAAGACUAACCGCGAAGAGUAACGGAGGCAAGCUUGAAAAGGCACAACCUUUGGGUUUGGAGAAGAAGCAAUGGAGAUAUGCUGUGGUGAGUGGUGUCUCAAUAGGUUUGAUGAUGGCUUUGGUAUUGGGAAUGGAUGCAGAAAAGGCUAUGGCUUUAGGACCAGAAGGGCCUUUAAUGGAAGAGUUUUGGGACAACGUGAGAAGGUACGGUCUUUACGCUCUCACGGUCAGCACCGGAGCUCUCUCCGCCGUCUUUGAGCCCAUCUUCGAACUCCUCAAGAACCCAAUCUCCGCCAUUCUCAUUCUGAUCAUCUUAGGUGGAAGCUUCUUUAUCGUCUCCCAAGUUGUCUCCGCCAUGAUUGGUGUCAACGAAUUCGCUUAUGAUUACGGAUAUUGA